AAAAAGAAAAAUGAGAAAAAAAAAACUAAAAGUACAAAAUAAUAUGUAGAUAGAAACGGACUCAAAAUGCGUGCCAUUUUCUCAGGUUCCCGAUUUGCACUAAAAUUUGGGUGGAACACAACUUCAAAGGGUAACCUGAGCCUGAGGAGAUUCCGUUUGUGUGCAAGUGCAAUGGACGCAGCAGCAACAGUAGGUAGGGUUUCCAAUGGCGGCGGCGUAGUUCGCUUCCCGUUAUCUGCAUCGAGCGCUUUAUUCAUGCAGAAAGGAGACAUCACCAAAUGGUCCAUCGAUGGUUCCACCGACGCAAUUGUAAAUCCUGCUAACGAGAGAAUGCUUGGUGGUGGUGGUGCUGAUGGAGCUAUACAUAGAGCUGCAGGCCCACAACUUGUUGAAGCAUGCCGCACUGUACCUGAAAUUAGGCCUGGAGUUCGGUGCCCCACAGGGGAAGCCAGGAUCACACCUGGUUUUAUGCUGCCUGCUUCUCAUGUUAUUCACACUGUUGGCCCAAUAUACAGUGCUGAUAUUAAUCCUGCUGCCUCUCUGGCAAGUGCUUACAGGAAUACUUUGAUGGUUGCGAAAGAAAACAACAUUCAGUAUAUAGCAUUCCCAGCCAUAUCAUGUGGUGUCUAUGGAUACCCUUAUGAUGAAGCUGCUACAGUGGCAAUUUCUACCAUCAAAGAAUUUCCAAAUGACUUUAAGGAGGUCCACUUUGUUCUAUUCUCCCCUGAUAUUUAUGACAUUUGGUCAAACAAGGUGGAGGAGUUGUUGAAAGAUUAAUAUGCUGACGCAUUAAGGAGCUUCUGGUAUGGGAUAAUGCGGUGUGGAAGUCUGGUUUGUGCAGUAUAUGGAAUAUUAUGCAGCAAUUUUGUUUUUUUUCUUCAGAUCCGUGUGUUGCUACGGUCUAAGGAUAAAUGAGAUCUAUGGUGUGUGUGUGGUUGGGCGGGGGGUUAUGAUGGGUUGUGGACUAAUUUUUAUGUGUAGCUGAGGGUGUAUAGUUGCAAUUUUUUUAAGGGUACUGUGCUUUGAAAAUAUUCUGUACUCGUUGUUAAACAGAGUUACGAAAUUCUGUUUUUCCUUUAAAAAAAAUGUUUUAAAUUAGGGUAUAGAUUUAUUAUUACUUUCCAAAAAA